GUCCAAGCGGGCUGUGUGGAGGCUUCAGACAUCGGCGCCAUUUAAAGCGGAGAGUUUUCCCGGGCGGACGCGCUCCUUCUGCUCGGCUAUUCCGUACUCCCUUCUUCGCUGACAGAAGGCGCCUAGUGGGGUGACUGCUCUUUUUCUCUCCCUCUCCCCCUCCUCCCAGUUCUUUCGGUCUCCUCUCCUCCUGGCCAGAGAAGUAGCGGAGCCCGGGCCCCGCUCCUCAGGCUUCGAGGCUUCGAGGCUUCGGCCCUCAGCAUCUAGUGAUGGGCGCCCUCUGAGACUGGUCCCCUCUCCGGGGCGCGUGCUGCCUGAGGCGGCGGCCGAGCGAGCGAGCGAGCGAGCGAGCGACCGGGAACCCGGGCCGCGGCCCUCCUUCCCCUGCGCGGCCCCUCCCACUCCUGUGCCCCGGGCUGCCACCGCCCGGCGUCGGGGCUCGUCCCUCGCGCGCUGUGCCUCCGCCCUCAGGGCCUAUCCCGCCGUGCUCGGCGGGCGGGCGGCGACGGCGGCAGCGGCAGCGGAGGGAGCUUAGCCGUCUUCACUUGGGUCGCAUCCUCUCGCCCAGGAGCCAAUUCCGCGCCCUGCUCCUCAUGACUGCGGCGCUUCUGCUGCCCCAGCCCUACCGGCCUCCGCUCGCUGCAGGAUGGAUGCGGACUGUGCGGCGCUAACCCCCGUGGCUCCGCUCCCUCCUAGCCCGCCGACGAGCCCGCCCCGUGAGCCGCAGCAGCUUCGGUGCCAGCAGCAGCAGCCGCCGCAGCAGCCGGACUCAGUGUCCCGCGUCGCCCUCGGGGCGCCUUGUCAGUGCUGAGUGGGAGUCGUCCGGUGGUUCGGAGCCCGCCGUAGGAGCGCUGCCCAGCACUUCUUGGUGGCUUCUCCGGGUCACCCUUUUCCCUUUUCAUUCAUAAAUCCGAGCCCGCAUUCUUCACUCCAUCGGACCGACCAUGUCUGACGGUGCCGCCGAGAAGCAAAGCGGCACUCCGGGCUUCCUUACGCCUCCGGCGCCCGUCCCCAAGAAUGGCUCAAGCUCCGAUUCUUCCGUGGGCGAGAAACUGGGGGCUACGGUCGCCGACUCGGGAGUUGGCAGGACGGAGGAAUAUCGGCGCCGCCGGCACACUAUGGACAAGGACAGUCGUGGGGCGGCCGCCACCACCACCCCCACGGAGCACCGAUUCUUCCGCCGAAGCGUCAUCUGCGACUCCAAUGCCACCGCGUUGGAGCUGCCGGGCCUCCCUCUCUCUAUCCCGCAACCUAGUGUACCUGCAGUGGUGCCCCAGAGUGCUCCACCCGAACCUCACAGAGAGGAAACUUUGACCGCCACCGUUGCUUCCCAGGUGUCUCAGCAACCCUCGGCUGCUGCCUCCCCUGGGGAACAAGCCGUUGUAGGCUCGGCCACCACGACCGUCCCCAGCAGUACCAGCAAAGACCGCCCGGUGUCCCAGCCCAGCCUCGUGGGGAGCAAAGAGGAGCCACCGCCGUCCAGAAGUGGAAGUGGCAGUGGUGGCGCCAGCGCCAAAGAGGCGCAGGAGGAUAGGAGCCAGCAACAGGAUGAUAUCGAAGAGCUGGAGACCAAGGCAGUGGGAAUGUCCAAUGACGGUCGCUUUCUCAAAUUUGACAUCGAAAUCGGCAGAGGCUCCUUUAAGACAGUCUACAAAGGUCUGGACACCGAAACCACUGUGGAAGUCGCCUGGUGUGAAUUGCAGGAUCGAAAGUUAACAAAAUCUGAAAGGCAGAGAUUCAAAGAAGAGGCUGAAAUGUUAAAGGGUCUUCAACAUCCCAACAUUGUUCGAUUCUAUGAUUCCUGGGAAUCCACAGUAAAAGGGAAAAAAUGCAUUGUUUUAGUGACUGAACUAAUGACAUCUGGAACACUUAAGACGUACUUAAAAAGGUUUAAAGUGAUGAAAAUCAAAGUUUUAAGAAGCUGGUGUCGGCAAAUCCUUAAAGGGCUUCAGUUUCUCCACACACGAACUCCACCAAUUAUUCACCGGGAUCUUAAAUGUGACAACAUCUUUAUCACUGGUCCUACUGGCUCAGUCAAGAUCGGAGACCUUGGUCUGGCAACUCUAAAGCGGGCUUCUUUUGCCAAGAGUGUGAUAGGUACCCCAGAGUUUAUGGCUCCUGAGAUGUAUGAGGAGAAAUAUGAUGAAUCCGUUGAUGUUUAUGCUUUUGGGAUGUGCAUGCUUGAGAUGGCUACAUCUGAAUAUCCAUACUCAGAAUGCCAAAAUGCUGCGCAGAUCUACCGUCGAGUGACCAGUGGAGUGAAGCCAGCCAGUUUUGACAAAGUAGCAAUUCCUGAAGUAAAAGAAAUUAUUGAAGGAUGUAUCCGACAAAACAAAGAUGAAAGAUAUUCCAUCAAAGACCUUUUGAACCAUGCCUUUUUCCAGGAGGAAACAGGGGUACGGGUAGAAUUAGCAGAAGAAGAUGAUGGAGAAAAGAUAGCUAUUAAAUUAUGGCUGCGUAUUGAAGAUAUUAAGAAAUUAAAGGGAAAAUACAAAGACAAUGAAGCUAUUGAGUUUUCCUUUGACUUGGAGAGGGAUGUACCAGAAGAUGUUGCUCAAGAAAUGGUUGAGUCUGGUUAUGUCUGUGAAGGUGAUCACAAGACCAUGGCUAAAGCUAUCAAAGAUAGGGUGUCCUUAAUUAAGAGAAAACGAGAGCAGCGGCAGUUGGUUCGAGAAGAGCAAGAAAAAAGAAAACAAGAAGAGAGCAGUUUCAAACAGCAGAAUGAACAACAAGCAAGCGUUUCCCAGGCAGGAAUCCAGCAGCUCUCUGCUGCUAGCACUGGCAUACCCACUGCUCCUGCCACCUCUGCUUCAGUUUCUACACAGGUAGAACCUGAAGAACCUGAGGCAGAUCAACAUCAACAGCUGCAAUAUCAGCAACCUAGUAUAUCUGUGUUGUCUGAUGGAACCAUUGAUAGUGGUCAAGGAUCAUCCGUAUUCACAGAAUCCAGAGUGAGCAGCCAACAGACUGUUUCCUAUGGUUCCCAACAUGAGCAGGCACAUUCUACUGGCACAGCACCAGGACAUACAGUUUCUAGUAUCCAAGCACAAUCUCAGCCCCAUGGGGUGUAUCCACCCUCAAGUAUGCCUCGUCGUGGCCGUAGCAUGUCGGUUUGUGUUCCCCAUCUUUCUGCUGUUCCCUCUCUAUCCCGCAUCUCUCCCAGUGCUCCUUCCACCCCACCACCAGUGCUGUCUGCACCUCUUUGUCCUUCCCUCCUUCGGACUGCCCCUGAGGAAACUUUUGCCGAAAAACUCUCUAAAGCAUUGGAGAGUGUCCUGCCUAUGCACUCUGCCUCCCAGCGCAAGCACCGACGCUCCAGCCUGCCUUCCCUCUUUGUCACUACUCCUCAGUCCAUGGCGCAUCCGUGUGGGGGGACCCCAACAUACCCAGAAUCACAGAUAUUUUUCCCAACUAUUCAUGAACGUCCAGUUUCUUUUUCACCACCUCCCACCUGUCCACCGAAAGUAGCCAUUUCCCAACGACGUAAGAGCACCUCCUUCCUGGAAGCCCAAACUCGCCACUUCCAACCCCUGCUGAGGACUGUUGGCCAAAAUCAUCUUCCACCUGGUAGCAGCCCAACUAACUGGACACCAGAGGCCAUAGUUAUGUUGGGUGCUACAGCCAAUAGAGUAAAUAGAGAGCUAUGUGAGAUGCAGGUCCAACCUGUGUUUGAGCCAACCCAGAUUUACAGUGACUAUAGACCUGGACUAGUACUGGCAGAAGAAGCUCACUAUUUUAUUCCUCAGGAAACAGUAUAUCUAGCUGGGGUGCAUUACCAGGCCCAGGUGGCAGGACAGUAUGAGGGCAUUUCAUACAACUCACCAGUACUGUCAAGUCCUAUGAAACAGAUAUCUGAACAGAAGCCAGUGCCGGGGGGCCCUGCCUCAAGUUCUGUCUUUGAAUUUCCUUCUGGACAGGCUUUCCUGGUAGGACACCUUCAGAAUUUAAGAUUAGAUUCUGGACCAAGUCCAGCAUCACCCCUCUCUAGUAUUUCUGCGCCUAACAGUACAGAUGCUACACAUCUGAAAUUUCACCCUGUCUUUGUACCUCAUUCUGCACCAGCUGUGUUAACUAAUAGCAAUGAGAACAGAAGCAACUGUGUAUUUGAAUUUCAUGCUCAAACACCAAGUUCUUCAGGAGAAGGAGGUGGGAUUUUACCUCAACGUGUUUACCGAAAUCGGCAGGUUGCAGUGGACUCAAAUCAGGAAGAACUGUCUCCUCAGUCAGUUGGAUUACAUUGCCACCUGCAGCCUGUUACUGAAGAACAGCGUAAUAACCAUGCCCCCGAAUUGACCAUUUCUGUGGUAGAACCUAUGGGACAAAUCUGGCCAAUAGGAAGCCCAGAAUAUUCCAGUGAUUCCUCUCAAAUUACUUCUUCAGAUCUCAGUGAUUUUCAAUCACCUCCCCCUACAGGGGGGACAGCUGCACCUUUUGGCUCUGACGUCUCAUUGCCCUUUAUUCGCCUGCCUCAGACAGUGUUACAAGAAUCCCCACUAUUCUUCUGUUUCCCCCAAGGAACCACAUCUCAGCAGGUCUUAUCUGCUUCAUAUUCUUCAGGAGGAUCUACACUCCAUCCACAGGCACAGGGGCAGAACCAGGGCCAGCCAUCAAGUAGUUUGGCUGGGGUUCUAUCUUCACAACCUAUCCAACAUCCUCAGCAGCAGGGAAUACAGCCAACUGUUCCUUCUCAACAGGCAGUACAGUAUUCACUUCCACAAGCAGCAUCUUCCAGUGAAGGUACUACUGCACAGCCAGUGAGUCAGCCUCAAGUGUCAGCUGGAACACAGCUUCCAGUUUCCCAGACAGUAGCAACUGUCCAAGGUGAACCUCACAUCCCAGUUUCAACACAACCCUCAGUUGUUCCAGUCCACUCUGGUGCUCAUUUCCUUCCUAUGGGACAGCCAAUCCCUACUUCUUUACUCCCACAGUAUCCUGUCUCUCAAAUUCCCAUAUCGACUCCUCAUGUGUCCACGGCGCAGACAGGUUUCUCAUCCGUUCCUAUAACAAUGGCUGCUGGCAUUAACCAGCCUCUGCUCACCUUGGCUUCAUCUGCUACAGCAUCUUCAAUCCCAGGGGGAUCACCUGUAGUUCCUAAUCAGCUUCCAACUCUUCUGCAGCCUGUGAAUCAGCUGCAGAGUCAGGUUCACCCACAGCUUCUACAGCCAACAACAGUUCAGUCCAUAGGAAUACCAGCUAACCUUGGACAAGCUGCUGAGGGUCCACUUCCCUCUGGAGAUGUUUUGUACCAGGGCUUCCCAUCUCGACUGCCACCACAAUACCCAGGAGAUUCAAAUAUUGCUCCCUCUUCCAACGUGGCUUCUGUUUGCAUCCAUUCUACAGUCCUAGCCCCUCCUUCUAUGCCGACAGAAGCAUUGGCCACCCAAGGUUACUUUCCUACAGUAGUGCAGCCUUAUGUGGAAUCAACUCCUUUGGUUCCUAUGGGCAGUGUAGGAGGCCAGGUUCAAGUGUCCCAACCAGCAGUGAGUUUAACGCAACAACCCCCAACUACAUCCUCCCAGCAAGCAGUUCUGGAGAGUACUCAGGGAGUCUCUCAGGCUGCUCCUCCAGAACAAACUCCAAUAACACAGUCACAACCUACUCAGCCUGUUCCAUUGGUUACCUCUGCAGACAGUGCACAUUCAGACGUUGCUUCUGGUAUGAGUGAUGGCAAUGAGAAUGCUCCAUCAUCCAGCGGGAGGCAUGAAGGGAGGACAACAAAACGGCAUUAUAGAAAAUCCGUAAGAAGUCGCUCUCGGCAUGAAAAGACUUCUCGCCCAAAACUGAGGAUUUUAAAUGUUUCAAAUAAAGGAGACCGAGUAGUAGAAUGUCAAUUAGAGACUCAUAAUCGGAAGAUGGUUACAUUUAAAUUUGACCUAGAUGGUGACAACCCUGAAGAGAUAGCAACAAUUAUGGUGAACAAUGACUUUAUUCUAGCAAUAGAGAGAGAGUCUUUUGUGGCUCAAGUGCGGGAAAUUAUUGAAAAGGCUGAUGAAAUGUUAAGUGAGGAUGUCAGUGUGGAGCCUGAGGGUGACCAGGGAUUGGAGAGUCUGCAAGGAAAGGAUGACUAUGGCUUCCCAGGUUCUCAGAAAUUAGAAGGAGAGUUCAAGCAACCAAUUGCUGUAUCUUCCAUGCCACAACAAAUAGGUGUUCCUACCAGUUCUUUAACGCAAGUUGUUCAUUCUGCUGGAAGACGGUUUAUAGUGAGUCCUGUACCUGAAAGUAGGUUACGAGAAUCAAAAGUUUUCACCAGUGACAUAUCAGAUCCAGUUGUGGCCUCUACAUCUCAGGCCCCUGGAAUGAACUUAUCUCACUCUGCUUCAUCCCUCAGUCUCCAGCAGGCUUUUUCUGAACUGAAACAUGGUCAGAUGACUGAAGGACCCAAUACAGCACCUCCAAAUUUUAAUCACAUGGCGGGACCAACAUUUUCUCCCUUUUUGGCUAGCAUUGCUGGUGUCCAAACUGUAGCAGCAUCCACACCGUCAGUAUCAGUCCCUAUAACAAGCAGUCCUCUUAAUGACAUUUCCACAUCAGUGAUGCAGUCUGAGACUGCACUGCCCACUGAAAAAGGCAUCGUGGGAGUUACCACUACCAGCACAGGUGUGGUAGCUUCAGGUGGUCUCACCACAAUGUCUGUGUCUGAGUCACCAACAUCUUCCAGUGCGGUUUCAAGUUCUACAGUACCUGCAGUUGUCACUGUGUCCACACCAUCCCAGCCAGUUCAGGCUUCCACAUCUGGGAGCAUUGCUUCAAGUACAGGCAGUUUUCCUCCUGGAACAUUUUCUACAACUACAGCUACUACAAUGGGUAGUGUGGUGGCCCCAGAUGCUAAGCCUCCAACUGUAUUAUUGCAACAGGUAGCAAGCAAUACUGCUGGGGUUGCCAUAGUGACAUCAGUCUCUACCACCACUCCAUUCCCAGGCAUGGCUUCACAGCCAUCCCUUCCACUUAGUAGCAGCACCUCUGCUCCUACUCUAGCUGAAACAAUGGUGGUUAGUGCACACUCACUAGACAAGGCAUCUCACAGUAGUACAGCAGGAUUGGGUUUGUCCUUUUGUGCGCCAUCCUCUUCCUCCUCCUCUGGAACAGCUGUGUCUACUUCUGUUUCUCAGCCUGGUAUGGUUCAUCCUUUGGUCAUCUCAUCAGCUGUAGUUUCUACACCUGGCCUCCCCCAACCAGUAGUACCUACUUCUACACCUUUAUUACCCCAAGUACCUAAUAUCCCACCCUUGGUACAACCUGUUGUUAAUGUGCCUGCUGUACAGCAAACACUCAUUCACAGUCAGCCUCAACCAGCUCUGCUUCCCAACCAGCCUCACACACACUGUCCUGAAAUGGAUGCUGAUACCCAAUCCAAAGCUCCUGGGAUUGAUGAUAUAAAGACUCUGGAGGAAAAGCUGAGAUCUCUCUUUAGUGAACACAGCUCAUCUGGAACUCAGCAUGCUUCUGUCUCCCUAGAGACACCUUUAGUAGUAGAGACGACUGUCACACCGGGCAUCACUACCACUGCUGUAGCACCAAGUAAACUCAUGACUUCCACUACAAGUACUUGCUUACCACCAACCAGUUUACCAUUAGGAGCAGCUGGCAUGCCAGUUAUGCCAGUAGGCACACCUGGGCAGGUUUCUACCCCAGGCACACACGCUUCAGCCCCAGUCGGCACUGCAACAGGAGUAAAACCUGGAACAACUCCCCCAAAGCCAACUAAGACUGUGGUGCCACCAGUGGGUACUGAACUUUCAGCCGGUACUGUACCCUGUGAGCAGCUGCCACCUUUUCCUGGACCUUCUCUAAUUCAGUCCCAGCAACCACUAGAAGAUCUUGAUGCUCAGUUGAGAAGAACACUUAGUCCAGAGACUAUUACAGUGGCACCUGCAGUUGGUCCUUUGUCUACGAUGUCUUCAACAACAGUUACAGAAGCAGGGACUCGGCUUCAAAAGGAUGGCACAGAAGGUCAUGUCACAGCAACUAGUUCAGGAGCUGGUGUUGUUAAGAUGGGGCGAUUUCAGGUUUCAGUUACAAUGGAUGAUGCCCAGAAAGAACGUAAAAAUAGGUCAGAAGAUACAAAGUCGGUUCAUUUUGAAUCUAGCACAUCAGAGUCAUCAGUUCUUUCAAGUAGUAGUCCAGAGAGUACCCUGGUAAAGCCAGAGCCUAAUGGAAUUAGUAUUUCUGGCAUCUCCUUAGAUGUCCCAGACAGCACCCACAAAGCACCUACCCCAGAAGCAAAGUCAGAUGCAGGACAGCCUACCAAGGUGGGACGUUUUCAGGUGACAACUACAGCCAACAAAGUGGGUCGUUUCUCUGUUUCAAGAACUGAGGACAAGGUCACAGAGCUCAAAAAAGAGGGACCAGUGACCUCUCCUCCUUUCAGAGAUUCAGAACAAACUGUUAUUCCUGCUGUGAUACCAAAGAAGGAGAAGCCUGAGCUGGCAGAACCUUCCCAUUUGAAUGGGCCAUCUUCAGACCUGGAGGCUGCCUUUCUAAGUAGGGGUACAGAGGAUGGCUCAGGUAGUCCACACUCUCCCCCUCACCUGUGUUCAAAGAGCCUUCCCGUCCAGAAUCUAAGUCAAAGCCUUAGUAAUUCAUUCAACUCCUCAUACAUGAGUAGUGACAAUGAGUCCGACAUUGAAGAUGAAGACUUAAGGUUAGAACUACGACGACUACGAGAAAAACAUCUUAAAGAGAUUCAGGACCUGCAGAGUCGCCAGAAGCAUGAAAUUGAAUCUUUGUAUACUAAACUGGGCAAGGUUCCCCCUGCUGUCAUUAUUCCCCCAGCUGCUCCUCUGUCGGGGAGAAGAAGGAGACCCACUAAAAGCAAAGGCAGCAAGUCUAGUCGCAGCAGCUCAUUGGGCAAUAAAAGCCCACAGCUUUCAGGCAACCUGUCUGGUCAGAGUGGAACUUCAGUCUUACACCCCCAACAGACCCUCCAUCCCGCAGGAAACACCCCCGAGACUGGGCACAACCAGCUGUUACAGCCUCUUAAGCCAUCUCCCUCCAGUGACAACCUCUAUUCAGCCUUUACCAGUGAUGGUGCCAUUUCAGUACCAAGCCUUUCUGCUCCAGGUCAAGGCUGUGCGAAGUUUAACUGUGCAUCUGAGCAGGUGACAUUCAAACCUGGUGGCAGGAGGACCCGAUUUCUGAGUACGCCCUGCUUGGCUCUUUGGAAGAUGGUGAAAAAAGUCUGUCCUUGCAACCAGCUCUGUAUGUGCCCUCCAGCUGAACCGAAAUCAGGGACCAGCAGCACAAAUACCGUUGGAGGAACAGUGAGUAGCCAGGCUGCCCAGGCUCAGCCUCCUGCUAUGACUUCCAGUAGGAAGGGCACAUUCACAGAUGACCUGCACAAGUUAGUAGACAACUGGGCCCGAGAUGCCAUGAAUCUUUCAGGCAGGAGAGGCAGCAAAGGACACAUGAAUUAUGAGGGCCCUGGAAUGGCAAGGAAGUUCUCUGCUCCUGGGCAGCUGUGUGUUCCCAUGACCUCAAACCUGGGUGGCUCUACCCCCAUCUCUGCAGCAUCUGCUACCUCUCUAGGUCACUUCACCAAAUCCAUGUGUCCCCCACAGCAGUAUGGUUUUCCACCUGCCCCAUUUGGCACUCAGUGGAGUGGAACAGGUGGUCCAGCACCGCAGCCACUUGGCCAGUUCCAACCUGUAGGAACAGCAUCCUUGCAAAAUUUCAACAUCAGCAAUUUGCAGAAGUCCAUCAGCAACCCCCCAGGUUCCAAUCUACGGACCACCUAGUCAGCAGCAAGGAUGUUAACUGAGUAGAUUUGGGGGCAGGAAAUGGAAUGCUGGGGGGGUGGGGGGGUGGGGAAGUAGCCUAUAUACUAACUACUAGUGCUGCAUUUAACUGGUUAUUUCUUGCCAGAAGGGAAUGUUUUUAAUACCAUUUUGAGCCCUCAGAAUGGAGAACCACCCUCCUUCUCCGUUUGUUGGAGUUAAAAAAGAAGGAAUGAACAGCUUUCUGGUGGAGGGGCUGCUUGAGACUGCUUUUCUGUUUUUGUACCCCUCAGUAAGGCCUAGAACUAGAAGAGAACCUUGUUACCAGAAAGCCCCAAGAGCUCAAUGUAAGCCAAACCCGAUCUGUAUCUGUAAGUGGGCAGAGCUCUUUAAUUUUGACAUGUGUCCCAAAUUCCUUAUUCCCUCAACAAUGCACACCUUAAGACAAAGGUUCUCUCCCACUCUGAUCCCUACCCCCACUUUUUCCCCCCCUUUUACAACCUAGUGAAAAAUACCAGGGGACUGGGGUUGCAACCCUUUCUUACAUAGGUCAUUAAUGCUUUAAGCAAAAGAUAUUAGCAGCUUUGACUGCAGCAUUAGCAAUUAGGGAAAACAAUAACGUUCCCUGCGGACAUGUAACUUUGCCAUCAGUUUUGAUGUGGAAACACUGUGAUAUAUAAAUGUUGUUGGACAACAUUAGUUUUAAGAGAAAAAUUUGAAAGGUUUAAAAGGUUCACACACACACAAAAGCUAGCUCUGUCCUUUACUUAUUAAGACACUUUAACUUUUUCCUUUGUAUUUCCAUUGUAUUAGAUAAAUAAAUGUGAAUGUAAAAUUGUAUAAAUUACUGUACUUGAAUACUUCUGUUCUCCCAGUAUUGCUUGCUGGAUAUUUUAGUGCCUUGGACUUCUAUUGCUUCUGCUGUUAGCAUCAACUUACCAGACCCCAGGUCACCAAAGGGUAUGUGGAAAGAAAUCUUAGGUCCACAUGACCCCAGCAGUGGAUAUGCCAAAGGGAAAAUGAAAGUGUUUUUGGUUUUGGUUUGGUUUAUUAUUUUGUUUUGUUUUGUUUUGUUUUCUCAGUCGUUUCAAUUUUGCCUAGAGCAGGUGUAAGGUGAGCACAGUGAAGUUGGCAUCAGUGGUUGAAAACAAAGUUCUGUUUCAGAAAGAAUGAGGAGGGUUGUGAGCUGUGUGUGAAAGAUAAGGACUGAAGAUGUGGGGACAAGCUUGUUUGAAGUGAUGCUUGGCCAGUGAACAAACGAGAUCUAGAAGAGAUUAAACAAAAAGAGGGGAGUGGGCUAGAUUUUAAGUUGGGAAGGAUGACAGUGCCAAGUCACAGAUGGAAAAUGUUGCUCUAAGGAAACCUGCUCGGUUGCCCCCACCUCUUGUUGCACAAGUACCACCACACUUUCUCUGCUUUAAGUACUGUAUUGUGGGAAUUCAACCCACUUCUAACUUUCUAAGCAUUGUAGGAAAAAGUGCUUAUUUCCUUUCCUAGCUGUCCAAAUGGUUGCACAGUCAGAAUCUAUUGUGCUGCCUGUACUUCUAUAUUAGAGCUAAUACUCUCACAUUUUCAUACCCAUAUCCCCAAAUAACAGCAACCAACCAGUAUUAUCUGAUUUUCUGGCAAUAGGGACCUAAUUGGCUGUUUGGGAUCUGAAUAUUCUGGAAAAGUGGAAAAAGUAGAACUCAUUUCUUGGGUGCUUCCUCCUUCACCUUGAGUUGGGAACUGACACAUUUCCAACUUUAUGACACAUCCCAGGAGUUGCCACACUAGCAAGGCUUCUUCCUGUAAGAGUCUUGUUCUUUUUAAGUUGGUCGAGGCCCAAAGAUACAAGUGAGAGCUGAAAGUUUCAGGAGAGGGAAGUGUAAUGAGCAGGGCUUUUGUUUCAGGUCGUGCUACCAAAGUGUUGACUCAUUUAUUCCUUUUGGGAGCGGUAAGAGGUACUGUGGGAGUGAAGCAGGUUACAGGAUGACUGAGUGCUUCAUACCAGCAGUAGAGGGAGCCAAAUGCAGCAUGUGGUGUUUGGUUUAGUCAUUCUGAGUGAGGUCUGUUCCCCCUUCACAGAGGUUUACUUACUGUUGGUUUCCCCCUCCUGUGGAUGAAAUAACUGAAGCCUAGAGAAACGAGCUAGUGCUACUGAACUGUUUAAAUUAUUUUUGUGUUAAUAGUACACUUUGAGUAUCUUUCCACAUUUAAAAAGAACUUUCCGAAUUAUAAAUGUUUUCCUUACGUUAUUUAACAAUGUACACUGUUUAAAACUGAAUUCAAACCUUGGGGUUUCUCAGCAGCCGUUACCUGUACAUUUGCACUAACUCCGGGGGCUGCGCUUCUGUAAGAUUGCGCUUUGUGCUUCAGUUUGUUACCUUUGUAGACUUAUUUAAUGAAACCAUUCAAAUAAACCAAACUUGCUUUUGUUGAA